AUGAAGUACGGAAUGGUUGUUAUCACGGCUGGCUUUUCAGGUUUACUCAGCUUCAGCUUUCUUGCAGUGGCAAUUGGGAGCGACUAUUGGUACAUCAUCGAUGUGAACAGAGCGAACCUGUCGGACUUGGAGGACCUGAGUUCGCAUUCCGGUCUCUGGAGGAUCCGUGAAGGUAUGUCCACCUAAUUAACAAUCGUAUACCACAUUCAUGUUUUUUUUUUACGUACCCCAAAUCAAAUGCCGUAGCCUAGUGCGCGCACACUUUGAUAUAGCGGUUCACGAUACAUUGCGCUGUGAUUUCUGGUAGCUUGUCUAAUAACUUGGAAUACAUAUGCCUAAUUUAAACCUGUUGCACCACCCAUGUCAGCCUGCUACCACGACCCACAGACGUCAGUUCAACGUCUAGUUUUAAUGUAUAUUUGGUUGAGUUGUCAACUAACGUAAAUCAACCAAAAAUGUCAUUUAGGUUAAAAGUUGGGUGAAAGAAAAUACGAAAUUCACAUAAAUUGAUGACAUUUUGCAAAUCCAAUCACUUUUCCAUGUUGAUUCAACCCUCAUCACAUUGCAUUUUUUUGGGUGAAAUUAUGUGGAAACAAUGUUGAUUCAACCAGUUUUUGCCCCAUGGGAAAUAUAUGUUAAUGUAGGUUUUUUCGCUCUCAUUCCAAAUCUAAUUUUGCUUUCCUUACUUUAUUUUAGAUUACAUUUAUUUAAAUUCAACUACAAAAACUGAUUUUAGUUUUACCUUCAAAUUGCUGCCCCUUUCAGAAUGGACCGAAUCCUGGUGUAUAGGCAUCUCUGUUGUAAAUCAGCUAAUCUCACCCACCGAGACUAAUUUGCAUGCACAACACAUUACAAUAAACAGAUGCACUUUAGAAGCAUUUUUUCCCACAUCAACAUAGCACACUUGUUUCUUUCCCCUGUUUUUUAAACAGCAUCUCUGUCAACAUAGAGCAUAUUCCUGUUGCAGACAGUAAGAUGUGUCCCAAAUCACACCCUAUUUGCAUAGAUCUCUGGUCAAAAGUAGUGCACUACAUAGGAAAUAAGGUGCCGUUUGGGACGGAUCCAUAGGGGAGUGACAUAUUACGCAGGGGGCACCUGCAGUGUCUGAUAGUGUAUCAAGUCAAGUGCUACAGCACAUUACUGCAGUACACAGUGUGUCAACAGUAUCAAUCAUUGCUAUAGAUUUGUUGAUUCAUGCCCUGUAAAGAUUUUUGUCUGAGAGCUCAGCAGUGAAGCAGCUAUCGAUGUUAGGCACACACUUAGUAACCGGACAUUAGCAACUAGAUAGGCCUUACACAGCCAUAGGUAUGUGUCAUAAGCCUACCUUUUGACUGGUAUUUUAACAUUGUCUUGCAUGUCUACCAGUCUGAGAGGUCUAAUAUAAUAUGCAAUACCUGCCAUUUAGCAGAAGCUUUUAUCCAAAGCGACUUACAGUCAUGCAUGCAUGACAUUUUAGGUAUAGUCUACCGGUCUGAAAGGUCAACACAUAUCUUGUGUUUGCUCUUCUUUACAGGGAAAAAUGCCACCUCUUGGCCAAUCCAGUCCUUCUUUGUGGAUACCUCCAACAAAACUGAGAUAGAGAAGCACCUUAUCAGUGAGUAUGUGGCCUCUGCUAUGUAGCCUCCAACGGCUGCUUCUUGGAAGACUUUAGAGAAUGUUGGUUAUGUAAUUAUUACUCCAGAAUGUCCGUUAUUCCAGAGGACGAUUCGGACUGGAUUAGUUUUUAUUCAUACUUUUUUUUCUCAAUAAAUUGACAUUUAUGAUGGAAGGCUGGAGGUUUUAAUUCUAAGCGUGAAGAUAUGUCCAGGUGAUAGGGCCACACUGAUAACUCAAGCUUGGUUCCCAAGUUUCUAAACCAUAACAAACCAUCUUUGGUAUAGUGUCGUCAUAAUAUUUGAAUUGAGGAAGUGUGAUCAUAAUCAUUAGAAUAUUUUAGCAGCACAUCCUAAAUGCCCCACAGCCUUCAGAUGUGAGCUAAACAGUGCAAUUGCACUUGAGGUGCAUUUUAAGCCUAUGGAUGAGAAAGUUAACUUAUCAUUUCCAAACGUUUAGGUAAUUUAGUUGUAUGCUGCUUUGCAAUCUAUUAACAGCAAUGAUUGCAUUAAUUAGGCACAAUAUUUUUACUGAUGCAUUUGGCAAUAUUCAAUUAAUACGCACACAACGUAUAAACAAAUGCAUUCACUGUGAAAGGUGAUACAUGUAGGCCAUUCAUAUAUAGUUUAUGCGCAGCACUUAGUUCAAUUUAUCGAAUCAGUUAUUGUUUUCUUGCUCAAACCGCGAGCAACACCUGUCAAACUAAUUUCUCUAAAAUAACAGGGAUGUCAAUUCGCACGGGACUAGUAUUAUCAGAGGACCUUGGAGUUCGCCAAAAAACUGUAGGUUAUUCUGGCUGGAAUUGUUACUCUCCUGCCAUGUAAAAAUUACUGACAUGGCAGAUUCUUACAGGACUACAAUUACAGAUGUGGUGUUUUGUGCUCGUGCACAUAAUUAAAUCCCGUCCCAAAUGGACACAGACUGUAGUUAGUUCAAGCUCUGUCACACCCACUCACAACAUUACAGGUUGUUGAGUCUGUACGAUGGGCUCACUGUUUACAAAGUGAAUCAGCAUCGUUGGACUCCACUUGGACAGUACAAUAUAGACCCCAUACAAUGAAAAGGUUCAUUACAAAACAUGUAGUUGAGCUUUUAUCGGCCUGUAGUGGACAUAUGACUUAAGGACAAGUAGCAUUUCAGGAAGAUGGUGGUGAAACAGACCAAGCUGAGAAACAAAGUUGUUAUUUUUUAAUGGAUAUUUUGGAUAUAUUUCUAUAAUUGUCAAACGUGUGUGUGUGUGUGUGUGUGUGAGUGCAGAAAGGUGAGAAGGCUGUCAGAUGUGUGUGUGUGUGUGUAUGUACAGUACCAGUCAAAGUUUGGACACACCUACACAUUCCAGGGUUUUUCUUAAUUUUUUACUAUUUUCUACAUUGUAGAAUAAUAGUGAAGACAUCAACACUAUGAAAUAACACAUAUGGAAUCAUGUAGUAACAAAAAAAGUGUUAAACAAAUCAAAAUAUGUUUUAUGUUUGAGAUUCUUCAAAGUAGCCACCCUUUGCCUUGAUGACAGCUUUGCACACUCUUGGCAUUCUCUCAACAGGUCAUGAGGUAUUCACCUGGAAUGCAUUUCAAUUAACAGGUGUGCCUUGUUAAAAGUUAAUUUGUGGAAUUUCUUUCCUUAAUGCGUUUGAGCCAAUCAGUUGUGUUGUGACAAGGUAGGGUUGGUAUACAGAAGACCAAGUCCAUAUUAUGUCAAGAACAGCUCAAAAAGCAAAGAGAAAUGACAGUCCAUCAUUAAUUUAAGACAUGAAUAUGUCAAGAUCUUUGAAAGUUUCGCAAAAAUCAUCAAGCGCUAUGAUGAAACUGGCUCUUAUGAGGACUGCCACAAGAAUGGAAGACCCAGAGUUACCUCUGCUGCAGAGGAUACGUUCAUUACCAGCCUCAGAAAUUGCAGCCCAAAUAAAUGCUUCACAGACACACAAACAUACACACACUGUGUGGACAUGUGUUGGUGAGAGGACAAUGUACAGUGAUAUGUAUUUUUCCAGAUCACAGUAACCCUGCAUGCUUUGCAUUCUGGGUCUUCCUGCAGACUCCCACAAGGUGAUAGUCAUCCUGCUGCCUCUCAGUCUGUUGCUGGUCGUGUUGGGAGGGAUCUGUGGUCUGGUCAGCUCUCUGGCCAGGAAUCCCAGCCUGCUGGCCGGCUCUGCAUCCUACUUCCUCUUCUGCAGUAAGUUACUUUCUGGAGCAUCCACUGGUGUUCAGGCCUGGGUCGUGUUCAUUAGGCACUAAACGGAAGAGAACGGACUGAAAUAGGGAGGUACUACCUGAACUUGUCCAAUGAGAAACACUCUUUUUCGUUUUUUUUAUGAUGAUUGUUUAAAAAUUCUGUUCCGUGCCUUAAUGAACACGACCCUGGUUUUCAGAGCUGGGUUAAAAUAGUAUUUGUGUUUGGUUGAGCUUUCCCAGCACAAUGGAAACAAUAGAAUGGUCCAAAAGUGCCAACUUUGCCAACCUGGCACUCAAGGCAGACUCGAUCAAAGGUGAACCUUUUGAAAGAAAACAAAAAACGACUGUGGAUUAAAGAGCGACUGCUUUUAAAAAGCAACGAAUCCUUUUGAGGCAUCAAUAUGAGUCAGAAACAGUUAUUCUAGUGUCAAAAUUGACUACAAAGUGUAAAUAAAAUAAUUUUGGUCAUAAAGUCAGUUUAGUCUACAACAGAGUUUGUAACAUCUGUGCGUCACACUGGGUAAAUGAAGGUUGGGUUUUGAUUUGACGGUGUCCCUUUGCCCACUAACAUGGGGUGAACAGCUGCGGUGAUUGCUCUCUAUCCAAUAGCAUAGACAGUGAGACAUGCCUGCCCAGCAGCUCCGACUGUUUACAUAAGACAACACGUUUUGCGUUUAUUUUACUUGAGAAAUAAUGCACCAAACACCUUAGUUAGAUGUAAAAUUGUGCAACUAAAACAUCCUCGGCCAAAACGUCAACAUUUAUUACAGAUUUCUUGAGUUAUCUUAGAUUAAUUCUUGGGACUUUGAGGAAGUGAAAUAGGCUUCCAUGUCUACAGUUUGUCAUGGGGGACAAACAUAAUUAACCAAAUGUGAAAUCGGUCAGGAAACUGAAAUCUCAUUUUUCUAAUGAGCAACAGAAAAAAUAUGUGCCAAUCGGUGUGUUCAGUGGCUCUUUAAGUUUUAUCACAAACACCAACAUGAAGUGUCUUAAUCGGGCGUUUGGGCCACCACGAGCUCCCAGAAGAACUUCAAUGCACCUUGGCACAGAUUCUACAAGUGGACCUAAACCAGCGCCCCAGGGGUGCUGCAGCAAGACACUGAACCCCUAACCUGCCCCAGGGGCACUGCAGCAAGACACUGAACCCCUACCCUGCCCCAGGGGCACUGCAGCAAGACACUGAACCCCUAACCUGCCCCAGGGGCACUGCAGCAAGACACUGAACCCCUAACCUGCCCCAGGGGCACUGCAGCAAGACACUGAACCCCUACCCUGCCCCAGGGGCACUGCAGCAAGACACUGAACCCCUAACCUGCCCCAGGGGCACUGCAGCAAGACACUGAACCCCUAACCUGCCCCAGGGGCACUGCAGCAAGACACUGAACCCCUAACCUGCCCCAGGGGCGCUGCAGCAAGACACUGAACCCCUAACCUGCCCCAGGGGUGCUGCAGCAAGACACUGAACCCCUAACCUGCCCCAGGGGCACUGCAGCAAGACACUGAACCCCUACCCUGCCCCAGGGGUGCUGCAGCAAGACACUGAACCCCUAACCUGCCCCAGGGGCACUGCAGCAAGACACUGAACCCCUAACCUGCCCCAGGGGCACUGCAGCAAGACACUGAACCCCUAACCUGCCCCAGGGGCACUGCAGCAAGACACUGAACCCCUAACCUGCCCCAGGGGCACUGCAGCAAGAUACUGAACCCGUACCCUGCCCCAGGGGCACUGCAGCAAGACACUGAACCCCUACCCUGCCCCAGGGGCGAUACAGCAAGACACUGAACCCCUACCCUGUCCCAGGGGCACUGCAGCAAGACAUGAAACCUGUACCCUGCCCCAGGGGCGCUGCAACAAGGAACUGAACCCCUACCUUGCCCCAGGGGCACUGCAGCAAGACACUGAACCCCUACCCUGCCCAAGGAGCGAUACAGCAAGGAACUGAACCCCUACCUUGCCCCAGGGGCACUGCAGCAAGACACGAAACCCCUACCCUGCCCCAGGGGCGCUGCAACAAGGAACUGAACCCCUACCUUGCCCCAGGGGCACUGCAGCAAGACACUGAACCCCUACCCUGUCCCAGUGGCACUGCAGCAAGACACGAAACCCCUACCCUGCCCCAGGGGCGCUGCAACAAGGAACUGAACCCCUACCUUGCCCCAGGGGCACUGCAGCAAGAUACUGAACCC